CACCGCUUCUAGGUUGGAGGCCAUUGCUAUUGGGUUCCCAUCGUUUCAUUAACUUCAUGGACAAGCGGUGGCUUCCCUGGCGCAAAGGUGCCGAAAGGGGCCCAAAGGUAUGUUCAAACUCUCAGCUUUAAAGGCAAUUCAGUGACCAGCUGCACAGGUUGGGCAGUUUGCCAAUGUUUGCCAAGGCCAUGGAGACUCAAGCAAACCUACUUGGCAAAGUUCGAAAAUCUCUUGGAUGGCCUCCUUUUGUUGUGAUGAUGGCAGGUCACUAAGUCGUGCCGAUUCACCAGACCAAAUGCCAGCUGAAAAGCAAUUCAUCUAAACCGACGUCAACGUUGAAUUCCACGCUUGGUGUAGAGUAUUCUUUUGUGUCAACUUUGAAGCAGAAUGGCUUCAACCGUAUCGAACAGGCGCAUUUUGGUUUGAGAUUGACCCACAAUUUAGAAACGAUUGGAAAGGACCCGCUAGACAUCGCAGUAGAUUGAUGCUUGGCGGGGGCGAGCGGCUUUCAAUUCGACGCAAGCUUUGCCUUCGCUGAGGCGUGAUCUGACAGGCAGGAUUUGGCCGAGUCUCCGCUAAAAGGCUCAAGGCUCGCUUGCUGCAACCAGUUUCAGGAGUGGGUAGUGAGCGCGCGCUCUACCUUGAGGUACAAGGAGCGUUUACUAACGUGGUGGUUGAAGCGGAGGGAUUUCGGCUAACGCUCGAGAGGCAACGCUUGCAAAGUCCAAGAAGGUGUGGGCCUUUGAAUCAGACAGCCGACGCCUAUAGGGAGUCCAGACCGGCUGGCGGCUGACGAUGAAAGCCUCUUUCUCUGCAGAAAAUAUUGGCUUUUCAUUAAAAAAAUCACCUGGCCGGACCUGGCGCUGCCCAAGACCGGCUGCAGUUGCCGGCGGUCAGCAGGCCGUUCGAGGAUUCAGUUGGAUAGAGCGUGGCCUGAGGCUGGUGGACCUUUGAGACCUGCCCGUCAUGACCAAGCUCCAGCAACAAAGCCACUGCCAGUGGCACCCUGCAACUCUUGGCACUUCGAGCAUGAUGUUUUGACGGAGCAAUUGUAGAGCCCUCUCUUGCUGGGGCACCUUGUCGAGCCAAACAUCGUCUUUGCUAACCAUGAGCUUGCCCAACGGCGGUGACCAGUAGAGGCCCGUCUCACAGCAGCGCAUUCAGAGGCAGCGGGCCUUGAACGCAGCGAAAGGUUUGGCCAAGGAUGCGCGCAGGAAAGCUCUGCUGCGCGAGCCUUGCAGAGAGAGUAGCGUAUAUAUAUUGCCCCUUGCGCAGCUAUGUGUAUAUAUUGAUAUAUAUAUAUAUAGAUGAAAGCAGGAACUUGUCUGUGUUCUAUCGACAGCAUGGCGUGCACGAUGUCCUUGGUGUCAGGCCGUUCAGACCUCAUGCUGACCUGGACCAUUUUAGGCUCUCCCGUGAAAGGGGUCGACAUCAUUUUGCGCACCCCCUGUGGCCUCAAGCUCUUUACGCAAUGCCUGUCAGCUAGGUUCCGGGGCCUUUCUUUGGCGCGUAAGUCACGCCCUGAUCUUACUUUGACGUCAGCCGUACUGCAUUGCAGAAAAGAGUGUGUUGCAAAUCACGUGGGCUGAAGUCAGGCGCUCAGCCACAUGUAUCUAUGGCUCAGCCGUUCUGUGUGCAACGCGCGCUUUCAGUGGCACGCUGAACUUUCAAGUCUAUUGCGCUUGGCAACCUUUGUGUCAUAUCCAUGUGAGUUCGGCCCUUUGGAGCCGAGAAUCGGACCGGGAGACUAUGGAGUGUCCCUUAGCUGCGCGUACAAAGUUAAGAGGAAAUUGCGUGGCUUGAAGGCAAUCUUUCGCGUGUAACAUCAGUUGAUCCAUUAUAUGUGGCGCAAAACUCUUUCGUUUCGAAAAAGGAACUCACGCUUUCAGUCGCUCACCAAUUGUACUUUUAUGUGUCGCUUUUCAUAUUUUGAUAUGCCGGUACUUGAAUGAGUGCAUGGGCCUGCCUAGGGAUGUCGAACUUCCACCAUUGUUCUACUUGCCAACGUUGCGUUGCCAACUUUGAUCAUCACUGUGGCGUUUUUGGACGCUGCAUUGCAGGGAGAGGAUUUGGUGGAAACAUGGGAUUCUUCAAAACGAUCAUUGCUAUGGCAAUGGCCGGCGCUGUCACAUGCUUUGCGAGCGUCAUUGUACUCCUGAUCAAGCAGGAGGAGGGGUCGCUUCUCGCUGUGAUCCUCUUGGCCUAUAUGACCCCGGUCUUUCUUGGGUGCUGCGUUCUGUUAUGCAGCAUGAUGUGGCCGGAGCAGGGCUGCUGUUCAAGUGGCUAUGCCAGGGUGGUCCAGGAGGAUGGGAACCCGAUUGGCCAAAGCGCCAUGACCAUUGGUGCAUCAACCGAAAUGCGUGACGCAAAGGUCGCCUAGAGCGAAGGAGAA